GCGUGGUGACGGGGGGGAGGGGCUUCGCGGCGCGGCACCUGGUGGAGAUGCUGCUCCGGUCGGGCGAGUGGUGCGUCCGCGUCGCCGAUCUGGCGCCCUCCCUCGCGCUCGACCCGCGCGAGGACGGCGGCGGCGGCGGAUCCCCCCUCGGCGCCGCCCUGCUCUCCGGCCGCGCCGCCUACGUCUCCGCCGAUCUCCGCAACAGGCAGCAGGUCGUCAAAGCAUUUCUAGGGGCAGAAGUUGUUUUCCACAUGGCUGCUCCGGACUCGUCUAUCAACAAUUACCAGCUUCAUUACUCUGUCAACGUUGAAGGUACCAAGAAUGUAAUUGAUGCUUGCAUCGAAUGCAAAGUUAAGAGACUUAUCUACACUAGCUCGCCUAGUGUUGUCUUUGAUGGUGUUCAUGGAAUUUUUAAUGGGGAUGAGUCAAUGCCCUUUCCAGAGAAGUUUAAUGAUUCAUACUCAGAGACUAAGGCAGAAGGUGAAAAACUAGUGAUAAAGGCAAACGGUAGGAAUGGGCUUCUCACGUGUUGUAUUCGUCCCAGUAGCAUUUUCGGACCAGGUGAUAAGCUACUGGUACCAUCACUGGUCACUGCAGCAAGGGCUGGGAAGUUAAAGUUCAUUGUUGGUGAUGGAAACAAUCUCUAUGAUUUCACGUAUGUUGAGAAUGUGGCACAUGGUCAUGUAUGCGCAGAGCGUGCUCUUGCCUCUGAAGAGACCGCAAAGAAAGCAGCAGGACAGGCAUAUUUCAUAACAAAUAUGCAACCAAUCAAAUUUUGGGAGUUUGUCUCACUGGUUUUAGAAGGUCUCGGAUAUGAAAGGCCUAGCAUCAAAAUUCCUGUCUCUGUUAUUAUGCCAGUGGCACACUUGGUGGAGUGGACAUAUAGGGCGCUUUCUCGUUACGGGAUGCCGGUGCCCCAGCUGACGCCUUCAAGAAUUAGGCUUCUCUCCUGCAACAGAACCUUCAAUGGCUCAAAAGCUAAAGAUCAGCUUGGUUAUGAACCUAUUGUAUCUCUUGAGGAUGGUCUAAAAAAGACAAUCGAGUCAUACUCUCAUUUGAGAGCACGGCCGCGAAAGCAAAUCUCUAAAGCUUCAAUCUACCUCGGAAAUGGAAACUUUGCAAAGACAGUUCUUUGGAAGGAUAAGAAGCAAACCUUCACAGUAUUAUUACUCUUGGCUGCUGUGUAUUACCACUUAUUUGCGUGCGGAUAUACCUUCAUUACGGCGACGGCAAAGCUCCUCUCGCUCACUGCACUAUUCUUGUUCAUUCAUGGGAUGCUACCUACCAGAAUACUUGGUUACAAUAUUGAGAAAUUGGAACCUUCAGAUUUUCAUGUGUCACAAGAAAAGGCACGACAACUUGCCUUUUCAGUCAGUUCUUCGUGGAAUUCUGUUGUUGGCAUAAUAAGAUCACUUUGCAAGGGGAAGGAUUGGUCACUAUUUUUGCGGGUGGUUUUCUUCCUACUGGUUCUCAACAUCCUUGGAGCCAUGUCAAUACAGAGUGCAUUUAAGAUAGGCAUCCCUCUAAUUUUCACUGCCUUCUACGUUUAUGAAAAAUGGGAGGAUUCAAUUGACAGUCUCUUCGACGAUGCUGCCUCGUACAUUUUAAAACUGAAGUCGUCUGCUGCCGAGAAAUUGUUUAGGCAGUAACAAUUUACCGACAUGGCAGUCGCCUACGAGCAUGAGAAGAGAUUGCUAGGUUUUGUUGUAUGGUCUCCUUUUUUUUUUUCUUGUUUUUUUUUUUUUUAUUUGUUUAUCAUUUUUUGCUUAUUAGCUGCUAGAAUUCAUAGAAUGGUUUUGGCUUCGAGAUUUUCUUCUACCUUUUCCCAUCUCAAUAAUUGAUUGUAAUUUUAUUAUCCUUUUGACAUGGGGGGCAGAAAUUAUGUAUGAGGUACAAUUCUAGAUUGGAAGGGUGGAAAAGUUUGAUACUGAAACUUGAAAUGUGACUUGUACUGUUUUUUUGAU